AAAAAAGAGAGUUAUGGAAUUGGAAAUCAUCUCAAGAGAGAUCAUCAAGCCCCCAAUGCCCCUCAAUAAUGACUUCAAAACCUUCAAAGUCUCAAUGCUAGACAUCCUCUCUCCUGAUUCUUACACUCCCAUCACAUUCUUCUACUCCAUGAACAACAAUCAGCAACAUUCUCAUAAUGCAACUUCAAGAUUGAAGCUUUCUCUCUCACAAGCAUUGGCUCGCUUCCCAAUGGUGGCUGGAAAAUUCAAAGGAGACUCAAUCCAUUGCUCCAAUGAAGAGGAUGUGGGAGCUCUCUUUGUGGAGGCCGAAGUCAAAAUGUCCAUGGCUGAGUUUCUCAAAGCCCCAAAUCUCCAAUUGCUUGCAAAUUUCCUUCCUCUCUUUAUUCCAAAUGGGCCAUUAGAGAAGGCUGUCCAAAUUGCAGUCCAAGUGAAUGUUUUUGAAUGUGGGGGCAUUGCAAUUGGUGCUUCUUUUUUGCACAAAAUCAUAGAUGGAACCACCAUGAGUGCGUUUCUUAGAUCUUGGGCUGCCUCUUGUGAAGGGAAGAUGGGGAAAUUGGUGUGUGGUAAUUUUAAUUGGGGCUCUUCUCUGUUUCCAACAAGAGAAAUAUGGGAUGGCUAUAAUCUGUUUUCUCCAUUUUCGGUGAAGCAAGGAAAAAGUAGCACUGCCAGAAGAUUUGUUUUUGAUGCUAUGGCAAUAGCAAAUCUGAAGGGCAGAGCUAAAUCUACAAGUGUUCCAAAUCCAACCAGUGUUGAAGUUGUAACUUGCUUCAUUUGGAAGUACGCCAUCAAAGCAUCGAGAUCAUGUACAUCAACCGCAGACAAGAAAGAAUUUGUUGAUCCAAAAUGGGGAUCAACCUUAGUUCAUGCCAUUAACCUGCGAAGAAGAAUGCAACCACCCCUAUCCAAAAACGAGGUUGGAAACAUUUUUUGGAUGAACCCAGCCUAUUACGAAGCAUCAAAUACUGACAUGAAAUUGGCUGAUCUUGAAAAUACAUUGCGACAAUCACUGUCGAAAAUCAACAAUGAUUUCAUGCAAAAAGUAACAGGAGACGAUGGAUUCGAGACUUUUCUGAAUUCAUUACAACAGUUACGUGAGCUCUAUGCAAAAAGUUGGGAGACAUUUUUGUUUACAAGUUGGCGUAACAUGGGAUUCAAUGAAGUGAAUUUUGGAUGGGGAAAGCCUGCAUGGAUUGCCUGCGGUGGAAGUAUUGGUGAAUCCAUAGUAAGGAAUGGAAUUGUGUUGAUGGAUACAGCAACAUGUGAUGGAAUAGAAGCAUGGAUUGUACUAGAUGAUGAAACAAUGAACUUGUUGGAAAAUGACUCUGAAUUUCUUGAGUUUGCGUCUCUCAACCCGAGCGUAAAAUUAGCUUAAAUUCAAGAGAUUUGUGGAAGGGACAAAGAUAAAAAAGGAUUUAUUGCCUUUACUUUACCCUAUGUUUGGGGAUGGCUUGUAGGAAUAAUGCUAAUCCAUGUUCUGUAAAGCCAAGGAA